UUUAGUCGCCGGUCGCGUCGGAGGAUUUCUAGAGGAGAAGGAAGGCGAGAGUUUCCUCGCUGACCGUAGACAAUGGGUGUCCCCGCAUUCUUCCGCUGGCUCUCCAGGAAAUACCCUACAGUAAUCAUAGAGUGCAUUGAGGAUAAGCAAUAUAAUACGGAUGAUGGCAAACAAAUACCUUUGGAUUCUUCAAAACCGAAUCCAAAUGGAGUGGAGUUUGACAACCUUUAUCUUGAUAUGAAUGGCAUUAUUCAUCCUUGUACACAUCCAGAAGACAGACCGCCACCUAAGGAUGAAGAUGAGAUGAUGGCUGCAAUAUUUGAGUGCAUUGAUCGUCUAUUUGCAAUUGUUCGUCCUCGUAAACUCUUGUAUAUGGCCAUUGAUGGUGUGGCACCCAGAGCCAAGAUGAAUCAGCAGAGAUCCAGAAGAUUCAGAGCAUCCAAAGAAGCCAUUGAAAAAAAAGUGGAAAUAGCACGGAUAAGACAAGAACUCAAAGACAAAGGUUUUAAUCUUCCCCCUGAGAAACCUAAGGAAUCACAUUUUGACUCCAACUGUAUCACUCCUGGUACACCCUUCAUGGACCGUCUGUCUAAGUGUCUUCAUUAUUAUAUUCACGAUCGACUCAACACAGAUCCAGGCUGGAGGGGUAUUAAGGUUAUCCUUUCUGAUGCAAAUGUUCCUGGAGAAGGUGAACACAAAAUUAUGGACUACAUCCGUCGCCAAAGAGCACAGCCAGACCAUGAUCCCAACACGCACCAUUGUCUCUGUGGUGCCGAUGCUGAUCUUAUUAUGUUAGGACUGGCUACGCAUGAAGUUAAUUUUACCAUAAUUCGUGAAGAGUUCAAGCCAAAUAAGCCGAAACCCUGUGACAUUUGUGGACAACUUGGUCAUGAGGUGAAGGAGUGUGUUGGUGUAGCUGAGGGCUCAUCUGGUGAAGCUGACAAAGUGUUUGAGGAGACACGAUUCAUCUUUGUUCGUCUAAAUGUGUUACGAGAAUAUUUGGAAAAAGAGCUAGCAAUGCCCGGCAUACCAUUCAAAUAUGACUUUGAUCGAGCCAUUGACGAUUGGGUAAUGAUGUGCUUUUUUGUUGGAAACGAUUUUCUCCCUCACCUGCCGUCCCUUGAGAUACGUGAGAAUGCAAUCGAUCGUUUGGUGCGCCUCUAUAAGGAUUGCUGCUACAAAACAGGAGGAUGGUUGACAGAUAGUGGCAUCGCUAAUAUGGAACGUGUACAAAUGAUUCUGCAGAAUCUUGGGAAAGUGGAAGAUGAGAUAUUCAGAACAAGACAGAAAAGGGAAUUGGAAUUCAGAGCUAGAGAUAAAAUGAAGAAAAGAUCAGAAAAAAUGGAAAAGGAAGCUGCAAACAGAUUUAAGAACCAAACUGGCCAAGGGGCUCUUGGUGUUAUGAGGGCUGGAGAAACAUCAGUAGCACAUGGCGCCAAAAAUGCUAUCAUGGAUCAGCGUUACUCAAAUAUGAAUGAUGGUGGUGGACGUGGUAAGAAGCGAAGUAUAGAUAGUGUCGAUUCUGAUGAAGAGGAAGAAAUUCCCGAUGAAGUGAGGCUGUAUGAAGACGGUGCCAAAGAUCGUUACUAUGAAUCUAAGUUUGAAGUUUGUGCUGACAACCUCGAGUUCAGGAAACGAGUUGCUGAUGAAUAUGCUCGUGGUUUAUGCUGGGUGUUAAAGUACUAUUAUCAGGGAUGUGCGUCAUGGGACUGGUAUUUCCCAUUCCACUAUGCACCUUUUGCUUCAGAUUUCACGAACUGUGCAAAAGCAAAUGUGGAGUUUGACAUUGGUGAGCCAUUUAACCCCCUUGAGCAGCUGAUGGGUGUGUUCCCUGCAGCAAGUCGUGAUCAUGUUCCUGAACCAUGGGGCGAGUUGAUGAUUGACCCAGAUUCUGUCAUAAUUGAUUUUUAUCCAGAAGACUUCAAAAUUGACUUGAAUGGAAAGAAGUUUGCCUGGCAAGGUGUUGCCCUCUUGCCAUUUGUUGACGAGAAAAGAUUAAAGAAGGCUCUUGAUACAGUGUAUGAUUUACUGACAGAAGAAGAAAAGAGGCGCAACAAGCGAGGUGAUAGCCGAAUGUACAUCAGUGUUAAACACGAGGCAUAUAGCCAACUCACAGACAUGUACCGCAUAGGCAUGAACGUAGAGACAGAGGUCCCAAUAUCUGGCAAAGAAUAUCAAGGCAUGCAAGGAACUGUCCUACAGGCACAUGAUUCUGUAGAUGCUAAUAGCACCCUAUUGGCUCCUGUUCGGGGUAUGGAACCAGUUGAAAACAACCAAGUAGUGACAGUAAGAUUCCGGGACCCUAAAUAUCCUGACGGCUUUAUAUUCCCAUCAAGAAGGCUUGAAAAGGCAGACAGUCCUCCCCGUGUGCUGAAACCACAGGACCUAUCGGCAAUUGAAUCUAAAAAUUACCGCCCACAAAUUGGGUUUGCCAAGAAUAUGCCAAGAGCAUCCCUGAAUAUUUCUGGCCACAGAACUCUCGGCCACCUCCUGCCGAACCUUCAUGGUGGAGGGCUGUACAGCAACAACGUGCCGCUUCUGCAGGGUGCCCGAGGAGGGCAGGGGCUUCUAGGAGCAAGUCCAGGGCUUCUUCCAACACCGCCAAGACCUGGGAGUUUCCUGGGUCCAAGUCUAGGUGGACCAGGGCCCUUCUUGGGCCCUCCAGGAUUGGGAGGUCCAGGAAGUCUUCUUGGACCGGGACAAGAGGGUCUGCUAGGAUCAGGGCCUGGAAUGCAAGGAAAUCUUCUUGGAUCAAGAUUUGGAGUUCAAGGAAAUGGUGCUGGGUCAAUGCUAGGUCAAGGAAAACCAGUUAAAAAUGGAAAGGGACGUGGAGGUGGCCUCCUUGGCCUGGGACCACAACACCAAGGUCCAUUCCUAGGAAAUGGAUCUCAACAAGGAUGGUCAUAUAACUCAGGAAUACAGGGAAACCAACAGGGCAGUUUGCUUGGGUCAGGUCCACAGCAAGAUGGUGCGCUUGGAAGGGGUAACCAAAUGGGAGGCCUUUUAGGUUCAGAACCACAACGUGAAGAGAUGUAUGGAAGGGGAGGCCUUUUAGGACCAGAACCACAACGUGAAGACACGUAUGGAAGGGGAGGCCUUUUAGGACCAGAACCACAACGUGAAGACAUGUAUGGAAGGGGAAGCCUUUUAGGUUCAGAACCUCAACGUGAAGACAUGUAUGGAAGGGGAGGCCUUUUAGGACCAGAACCUCACUGUGAAGAUAUGUAUGGAAGGGGAGGCCAAUUAGGAUCCGAACCACAACGUGAAGACAUGUAUGGAAGGGGAGGCCUUUUAGGAUCAGAACCUCAACGUGAAGAUAUGUAUGGAAGGGGAAGCCUUUUAGGACCAGAACCGCCACGUGAAGACAUGUAUGGAAGGGGAGGCCAACUAGAAGGUGCGCCACAACACGAGAAUAGAUUUGGAGGAGGUAAUCAAAAGGGAAGCCUACUAGGGUCCUCCCCACAACAGGAAGAUAUAUACGGAAGAGGUUCAAAACAGGGAGAAGGACUACUUGGUCCAGGACCCAACCAAGUAAAUCCUUAUAAAAUGAACUUCGAGGAGGGAAGUCUACUUGGAGCCCCUCCAGAUGAAGAUUAUUUCGACGAGUCUAAUAUGGACCAAGCAGGACUUCUUGGAAUGUCCCCACCUAUGAGCCACCACAUGAAUCGUGGGAGAGGCGGCGGUCAGUACAGCAAUGUUCCGCCCCCACAAGGUAGUCGUGGGGGUGGCUAUAAUAACAGAGGUGGGAAUAGAAGUCUCCUUGGAGUACCCCCGUCUACAAACUUCCAAAUGAUGAGUCAGUCCUCAAAUUAUCAUAGCUCACAAGGAAAUAGCUAUAGUGGUGGUGGAGGUUAUGGCGGAGGAAGACAAAGCCAAAGCUACAAUAAUGGAUCUGGUUACAAUAGCAACAGAAAUCAGGGAGGCUACAGCAGUAGUCAGAGACAUAGCACUGCAGGUUUUGGCUACAGUUCAGGAAACAACAGAUACAAUUCUGGCGGGGGGAAUAGUUACAGUUCUGGAGGAGGAGGAGGAGGAGGAGGAGCAGGCGGUAACGGCAACACUGGCGGAAGUUAUGGUGGCUAUAAUAGAAACACCAACUGGAAUUACAGCUCACAACAAGGAGGUAGAGGAAGAGGAGGCAGUGGUGGAGGAGGAGGAGGAUAUUAUACGUCUAAUAAAUAAAUGGAACAGAGGAGUUUCAACUCAGAUGUGGUGAAAAUGCUUUAGAUAGAAGGGCGUGUUGGUUUGUCAUCUGUUACAUACUUGUUGUCGAGUCAAGUAACAAAGUCGAUAUCUUAAAUUUUCUUGAUGUCUGCAACUUACUCUGUACUUAGUGCAUAUAAGGAUUGGUAUAGUACAUGUUUAAAGUCUUUUUAAGUCCAUAUUCUCAGAUCCAUCAAUGUUUUAUGAAGGGGUUAUAUAACAUAAAAUAUAAAUUUUGUAGUUCAUGUGCAACUUUGUUUUUUGAGGUAAGUGGUUGGCAGUCUUGACUUGUGCAAUGUAAAGGUGACUAUUUUUGUAGCUAGAGCACGAAUUGUAUUAACAAUUUAGAUUUGGUGAAAACUACGUGUUUUUUAUAUUGUUAUAUUGAUAAGUACAAUUUGUGAUGUAUAUAUGACCUCUGAAUUGAAACUAUCUGAUUAAUGUAUGUUUUAUCAUUAUCCCAAGUUUACAUAAAAACUUGUUUAAUUUUCCAAUUACGUGAUGCUAGACAUUUUGUCUCGACGACACAUUUGCCUGGUAAUACACUCAAUUAAACCUGGGGCAUUUUUCAUGCGUACUCUGUAUGAAAGAACAAUGCUUGUUACGUGUAAUGUAUUUUUUGAACAGGAUGUCAGAAUGUGAAGUGAAAGCAAAUGUUUAACACAGCAAGUAAAUUGCACUGCAAUUUUUAAGAAAUAUUUAAUUGACAAAAAAUAAUGAAGCUAGUCUCAUGAUAUUUUGUCUAUAAUUUUUGAAAACCCCCGUGGAUGAACAAUAUCUAUUUGAUAAUUGAAGUAAGUUUCAUUUUGCUAGUUUUUGAAUGAUUCACCAGCUCCAGGUUAGGUAAAUAGUUUCAUAUAUAAAUAUAUAUAUGAGCAUGAAUUUGUGUAAUCUAAAGGAAAAAUAGAAGGAAUAUAACUUACUUGGCGCAAAGUUUUGUAAAUUAUGCCUAGAUAUUGGAGGGUACUACAACGACUGGACUGUUAGGUUACUGUGCCAGUGGGAACAUGUGAUGCAUAUAUCUUCACCUGUUUUUCAUAUUAGUAAUUGACACUUUUCUGUACCAUAUUUUUAGUGUACAUGAUAAGUACAAAACUUUGUAAAUUAAAUAAAGUGUAUUCUUUC